AUGGCGUCCAUGACGAACUGGAACGCGACCCUCGUGCCAGGCCAGAUCGUGUGCACGGCCACCCCGUCCAACGUGUCCGACGCGUGCUGUGCCUCUCUCCACGGCGCGCAGGGUACGGGCACCGGCUUCUCCCCGGACGACAUCAACGGCGUCAAGGUCAACGACACGCGCCCGCCGAUCCACACAUGCGUCCUCAGCGCCAAGUCCAACGCGACCAAGGACCUGAACAACGCCGCGAAUGGGUGGUUUAUCUGCGUGCAACAUGCCGAUCCGAUGGGGCCCACUAUCGACUGUAAUUUCCAGCGAAGGAACUCUGGCUCCCCGCGAACGAUCGCGCUGGGGCUCGGGUUGCUCGUGUGGGCCGUCGCUGGGGCCGUGUUGGCUGCGUAG